AUGAACGUCCUGUCACCGUUCGAACGAUCGCAUCUCAGCACUGACGGCCAUAUCAAUCUGGCAAAGCGACUCAAAAACCCAGAAGAUGUUCAGCGUUGGACCCGUGCUCUUCGCGAAUGGCAAGCGCCCGGCACAUGUCUCAGAGUACAUUUAGAGCACAACGAUCUCACCGAAGAGCAGGCCGCAGACAUCCUCAACGCGAUUGGCGGAAACGUACAAGCCGUAUACCUCCACCAUAAUCGAAUCCGGAGCCUUCAAACAUUGACUUCCUUCCUGCACAAGCAUUCCCGAACUCUGCUUGAACUGCAUCUCAGUCACAACCAGCUGUGCACCCUGGAAGCCGAAGCUUUGCUGCUUCAAAUCGUAGAGCCUGCUGUACACUCAUCAAACCACGCGCCCUCGAGCAUCUGCUCGUGGGUCCGCCUGGAGUUCAACUGCAUCGACGUGAAGAAGCUCACCGACCGCUUACCCACAAGCAUCACCCGACGGCUGCAAGUCGACGACAAUGGCUGCACACCAACGCGCUGCUGCUGUGAAAACCGGCGGCAAAACCAGCGCAUCCACACAAAAUUCCUGCCGCUGCAAUACACCGUCAUGCCCGACACCGAAGACAUCGACGACCAGUGA